AUGAAGGCGAAUUACAAGUUCUCCAACAUCUGCGGGACAGUUUAUCAACAAGGGAACAUUCUUUUUACUCCCGAUGGAAACACCCUGCUGAGUCCUGUCGGGAAUCGAGUAUCAGUGUUUGAUUUGGUCAACAAUAAAUCCCGAACGCUACCAGUCGAGAAUCGCAAAAAUAUUGCUGCAAUCGCCCUCAGUCCAGAUGGGAACGUUCUGGUAUCUAUCGAUGAAGAUGGCAGAGCGUUACUCGUAAAUUUUAAGAGAGGCGUGGUUUUGCAUCAUUUCAACUUCCAAAAACCUGUCAAGGACAUACAAUUUUCACAUGAUGGAAAGUUCAUCGCAGUGACCCAUGAGUCCCAUGUACAAGUUUGGCGCACGCCAAAUCACCUAGUCCGGGAGUUCGCACCCUUUGUACUCCACCGUACAUACACGGGGCAUCAUGAUGAGGUAUCCAGUAUUCGAUGGUCACCAGAUUCAACCUGCUUUAUAACAACAUCGCGCGACAUGACCGCCCGAUUAUUCACCCUCGAUCCCUUGGAAGGCUUUCGACCGAAAACGUUUGCUGGUCAUAAGGACGCUGUCGUUGGAGCAUACUUCUCCGCCAAUGGCAAAUUCAUAUAUACCGUCAGUCGUGAUGGUGCUGUCUUCACAUGGACGGCAAAAGACGAACCAGACGACGCUGAGGCUCUACAGCCUGUUUCUUCAACCUUCGCACGUUCAAUUCCUCAGACAAGGUGGGGUGUACAUGACCGCCACUAUUUCAAUCUCCCAAAUACGAAGGUGGUCUGUACUACCUUCCACCCAUCUUCAAACCUAUUAGUCGUUGGUUUUUCCAGUGGAGUGUUUGGACUUUGGGAGCUUCCGGCCUUCACAAAUAUCCAUACCCUGAGCAUCUCGCAGGAGAAGAUUUCAUCUGUUGCGAUAUCUCCAUCUGGAGAGUGGCUUGCCUUCGGUGCACGCAGGCUUGGACAGCUCCUUGGGCACUAUUUCGAUAUGAACACCCUGGUUUACGCUCCAGAUGGGCAGACCAUCGCCACGGGGGGUGAUGAUGGCAAGCUGAAAGUCUGGUCCGUACAAAAUGGCUUCUGCUUCGUAACAUUCUCCGAGCACACGGCACCCAUCAUGGACAUCACAUUUGCAAAGCACGGCUCCAUUCUCUUCUCUGCAUCCCUUGAUGGUACCGUUCGUGCAUUCGACCUAGUUCGGUAUCGCAAUUUCCGAACGUUCACCUCCCCAUCGCCUGUUCAGUUUUCUUCCAUAGCAGUCGAUCCAUCGGGAGAGGUUGUUGCCGCAGGCUCAACAGACACGUUCGAAGUCUUUAUGUGGUCAGUCCAGACCGGGAAGCUCCUCGAUAUUCUCGCUGGUCAUGAAGCACCUGUAUCUGCGCUUGCCUUCUCGCCAACGGGUGCUAAUCAACUAGCGAGUGGCUCCUGGGACCGCACCAUUCGCAUUUGGAACGUUUUCGGUAGAUCACGCGCUGUGGAGCCUCUUACCCUCUCCUCUGAUGUUCUCUCAAUUGCAUUCCGUCCGGACGGUGUGGAGUUAGGAGCGUCGACGCUUGAUGGCCAAAUCACAUUAUUUGAUGUGCGAUCCGGCAAGCAGUCAAAUGUCAUUGAUGGCCGCAAGGAUGUUUCUGGAGGACGGAAAGCCGAUGAUCGAAUGGGUCGUGUUUACUUGCCUGGUGGGAAUAGCAAGUACGUCUGUCUAUAUGACGUGCGUGGAGGGGAAGGGGUGCUGGUGAAGAAGUUCCAGAUUUCAGAAAACCUCUCGCUGGAUGGCACUCAGGAGUUCCUAGACAGUCGCAAGGUUAACGAUGCGGGUAUUAACAUCGAUCUUAUUGAUGACCGCGGCGAUGCCAGCGACCUAGAAGAUAGGAUGGAUACGGCUUUACCGGGAGCAUCAAGAGGAGCGGGUGAUAUGUCUGUACGAAAGCACCGCCAAGAAGCACGCACGAAAUGUGUGCGCUUCUCACCAACAGGACGUGCUUGGGCAGCCGCAAGCACAGAAGGUCUCUUGAUCUACUCUCUUGACGAUACCGUCAUGUUCGACCCUUUCGACCUCACGUUAGAUCUCACUCCACAAGCUGUGCUCAAUAUCCUCGCAGAGGGCGAGUACCUGAAGGCGCUUGUUCUUGCAUUCCGCUUGAACGAAAAGCCCAUCAUACAGCAAGUUUACGAGCGCAUUCCCCACAGUGAUAUACGACUUGUUGCACGACAGAUGCCUGAUGUUUAUGUCCCUGCACUCCUUCGGUUCACCUCGGAGCAUCUAGAGAAAAGCCCUCAUCUCGAGUUCGACCUCAUUUGGGUGCAGACCGUGAUCACGGCACACUGGUCGCUUCCUGAGGGAUCAGUAGCGGUGAACACGCACCAGUAUUGCGAGCAGCCCAGAAGGCAUUAG